AAACCAGAGGAGCUUCCUUCAUUUGUUGUGCGAUCAUCACACAAUUAAGACCCUAACCCUUGUGACGAUGUCUUUUUUGGACACUCUCCGUCAGUGGGACGACGCUGUAACGUGUGUGGACAGGAACGACUUGACAGAGGCGCUGAGGAUUUUCUUGGCCAUCCACGAGCCGAACUCCAAAAUUUGUUUUAACAUCGGUUGUCUCCAGCUUCUGAACGAGAACCUGGAUGAUGCUGAAAAGGCCUUUGACAGCAGCAUAUGCAAGGAUGAGCAUUUGGCCGUGGCCUUCUUCCAAAGAGGGAUCACCUUUUAUAAAAUGAACAGGUACGAGGAGAGUGUCGGUGAUUUCCAGCGCGCCCACAAGGCUCUGAGGGGCAACCAGCUGAUAGAUUACAAAGUGCUCGGUCUCAGAUACAAGUUGUAUGCAUGCGAGGUUCUACACAACAUGGCCCUGGCGGAGGCCCACAUGGGCCAUUGGGAAAAAGCCCAGAAGGACCUCACGAAGGCUCUCGAAUACAAGACUGACACCAAGCUCAAUCUCAUCAACAGAGCUAUGCAGUCUAUCCUGAAACAGAAAGUUUUUAAAGUAGUAGAGUUCCCAUCCACUGCGCUGUUUAGACCAAAUAAGCACUACGUUGCUGAACUGGAGAAGAAGGACUACUUGGGAAAAGCCAAGGUGGUCGCCUCCGUUGUUCCCCAGGAUCACUUCUCUGGAUUUGCCCCUUUACAGCCGCAGGUGGAGCAGGAACCUUCAAUUCCCAAGGAGCCCGAGGUUCUUAGGGCCUUGGAAGGAGAGCCUCACAUCGUGCGCUACGAGUUUAUUCCCGAGACGAGCGACGAGCUGGCCGUCGUCCCAGGCAACAUUGUGUUUGUUUUGCAGAGAGGUUCGGACAAUUGGGCCUCGGUCGUCUUCAACGGGAGAAAGGGACUUGUUCCUUAUAAUUACCUGGAACAUUUGGAAAUGUCCUUGGCUGACAAGAAGAGUAAGCAUGAAUUAUCCGAAUCUCCAAAUCGGGUGCCACCAACAAGGCCAGAACGGAAAAAAGGUCUUGUUCGUGAUAACACCAGCAGUGGAGACUUACAACAGAAGGAAGGCCGGCCUGAUGACAACUUAUACAUCGUCAAAGUUCACUACGCAUUCAACUUUGCGGUGUCUCUAGCACAUGGCUCCACUUACGCGACGCUGAUUGAAAAGAUCAGUAAAAAACUGAACCGCUCUCCCUUGUCAGUCACGCUGAGCUUCACAUCAGACACGACAAGUGCCUUGAGUGAAGACACCGACAUAGAGAGCGUUUGGGGUCGUGCUCAGGGCAAGCACCUCACAUUGUGGUGUCACACCAGAGAAAAAACCGAAGUCAAGCGACAGAACGAUGACAUGAUUUUGGUGGCGAUUCACUCCUACGAGUCGACGAACCCCGAGGAUCUCAGUUUUACUCGGGGCGAUAAAAUCGCGCUCAUUUCUACAAUUAACCAGGACUGGUUAGAAGGACAUUUGAAUGGAAACACUGGCAUCUUUCCUGCGUCCUUUGUGGAGGAAGUUCCUGGGAGCGGCCAGUGAUGUUUUGCAAAUGUAAAUAAAUACACAACGGACUGAAACUUACGUGCUUUCGCCACGGGGGUCUCGCCCAACUUCGGCUCCAAGCCGCGCCAGCUCCGCGUCACCAAAAACGAUGCUGCGAAGACACAGUCGACACUUGAAAUGUGCUUUUGUGUUUGUACUGCGAGUCUACGGCAAUAAAUGGAAGUGU